AUGUCUGUCAGCGGAGGCUCUGCAGGCGGCAAAGUGGACUCCAGCACGGUGGACACAUACGACAGCGGGGAUGAGUGGGACAUCGGCGUGGGAAACCUCAUCAUCGACUUAGACGCAGAUCUGGAAAAAGACAAGUUAGAGAUGUCCAGCAGUAAAGACGGAGCCAUGGGGGCGCCCCCCAGCGCAGUGGCAGCUCUCCCAGACAAUAUUAAGUUUGUGAGUCCUGUGUCUGCGGCUCAGGGGAAAGAGAGUAAAUCUAAGUCUAAACGCAGUAAGAACUCUAAGGAGGCGGUGAAAGCUCCUGUUCCAGAUGGAGUCAAGAAGGAGGCUCAAGGCCGGUCUCCAGGGGAGGCCCCCAUUACCCCCAACACCCCCACUAAAGGAACGGACAAGUCCAAGAGCAGGACUCUGCAGCCGCUGAAGAAGGACCGGGACGCGCUCUCGGGGAAGGCGAAGAAGGACAAGACGGAGUUGGUGAACUCUGACAAGGAGUCUUUAGGAGCACAGCUUACAGUGGAGCUAACCGGACAGGAGCAGCUAGCUAACAUGGCUCUGGAGUCAGGGAUGGGACCCGCCAUAUCCAUGACGACGGAGCAGGACGAGGUCGACAAUGGAGAAUGUCGGAGUCUGAAGAAGUGCGAGAUGGAGUCUCCGGCCUCCACGCCGGCUCCUCCUCAGCUCCACCUGCUGGCCGCAGUGGGGAACAGUGAGAUCUCGUCUCCGUGUGAGCAGAUCAUGGUGCGCUCUCGCUCGGUGGCGGUGAACACGGCAGACGCAGCUCUGGCCACAGAACCAGAGUGUUUAGGACCAUGUGAACCUGGCACCAGUGUGAACCUGGAGGGAAUUGUGUGGCAGGAGACGGAGGACGGAAUGCUGGUGGUGAACGUCACCUGGAGAAAUAAGACCUAUGUGGGAACUCUGCUGGACUGCACCAGGCACGACUGGGCUCCUCCCAGGUUCUGCGACUCUCCCAGCUCGGAUGUGGAGAUGCGUUCUGGUCGGGGACGGGGCAAACGCAUGCGACCAGGUGGGAACACUCCUCUGAACGACACCAGUAACUCCUCAGAUGGAAAAACCAGCGGGAACAGUAAAACCAGGGGCGCAGCCACCAGCAAGGGCCGGCGAGGGAGCCAGACACCAGGAGCAGAGGACCUUAAGGACCAUAAAGCCAGUCCCUCUGCAGCCAAGAGGAAGACCAAGCCUGCCUCAGACAUGGAACCAACCUCCAGUUCAGAGGACACCAAAGGUUCCAAGAGGAUGAGGACCAACUCCACAGGUAAAUGUGAGGCUGUAGAGCGGACUUGCCCCUCCCCCGUCCUCAUCGACUGCCCUCAUCCAAACUGCAAUAAGAAAUAUAAGCACAUCAAUGGCCUGAAGUACCAUCAAGCACGCGCUCACAACGACCAGGACGUGCGUCUGGACCAGGACGGAGACAGCGAGUACGGAGACGACUCCCUCCAUCCUGACAACAUCUGUAACGGAGCCGCCAUCUCCCCUGCUCGCUCCAACACCCCCAAAGGACGAGGCUUUGAUGCCCCCUCCCCCUCUGCUAAGAAGGGCAAAAAGAAGAGCGGGGAGGCGGAACCAGAUGGGACGGAUGGCGGCGAGGAGGCGGGCUGUCUCACGGACGACGCCAGUAAUGACGGCAUGGACGACAGAAAGGCAAAGAAGAUGGCCGCCGCCGGGAAGAACGACAAAAUGAAAAGCGUUAAACCAGGACGUCCGGCUUCCACCGCUUCCACAGGGCCCCCUGCAGGAGCUCCAGUGAACUAUACCCUGCAGGCCACCUCUCCUUCUAUGGGCACAGUGGUACAGUCCAUCCCCAAGAGUCCUCAGCUCAAAAGUGCACAACCUAAACCUGUGGAGCCUGCCACCAGCCCCGCGCUAGCAAAGGACAAGAAGAAGAAGGACAAGAAGAAGAGGGAGGGGAAGGAAGGGGACAGUCCCAAAGCCAAGCGUCCAGAGGAGGGCAAGAGUCCGUACGCAGAGGACACCAUGCUGAACGGCUCUGACCCGCACCAGACCCGUUUAGCUAGCAUCAAAGCUGAGGCUGAUAAAGUUUAUAGCUUCUCAGACAACGCCCCCAGCCCAUCGAUAGGUGUGGCAAGCCGUGGAGAACCAGGAGCACCUCCAAACCCUCCGCACGCCAAUCAGAACGGAGACAAUGCCUCGGUCAAAACAGGAAGUCCUGCCUACUCGGACAUUUCAGACGCAGGUGAAGACGGUGAGGGGAAGGACGGCGUGAAGACGGUGAAGACUGAGCCCGAUCAGAGCGCCAGAGAAGCAGCUAAAAAGACUCUGUUCCCCCCACAGAACCCCAAAGACCCUCAGUACUACCCCAACUAUGACUCGUACUACUCCCCCAACUACCCCAACCCCAGCCCAGGCCAAGCCCCCACGCAGCCAGAGGUCGCGGUAAAGAUCAAGAAGGAGGAGGACGUGGACGCAGAAGAGGUCAGGUUAAAGACUGAGCCUCAGGACGAGCGUAAAGCAGAAGGUCAGCAGCAGCAGUCGGUGAUCCAGCAGAGGUCUAACAUGUACGCUCAGCCUCUGUACUAUAACCAGUACUACGUCCCUCCAUACUCCUACUCUCCAGACCAGUACCACGCCCACCUACUAGCCACUCAGAGUCCCAAUGCUAAUGCUAACGCUAACCCUGCGUACCAGAGGCAGUACGAGGAUCGGUCCAGACCAGAGGGGAAGAAACCAGACAUUAAACAGGAAGUGAAGGCUACUGUCCCACCCACCCUGUCCCGCGCUCCCAGUCUGACUGACCUGGGAUCUAAAGGCACAAAGGGUAAAGAGGGGGAGGGUAAGUCUGUGAUCAUGGUGAAAGCAGAGGAGCAGAAGCCUCAGGCGCAACAGCCGCAGCAGCAGGAGGGGCUGAAGAUGAAGCUGAGUGAAGCAGGGCAUCAUGGGAAAGAGGAGGGGAAGUCAGGGGCGGAGCCUGGCCGCACGACGGGGGUGGAGCCAGCUCUGUGGUAUAGACAGGAGCCAGACUCGCGCCUGUGGCCCUACGUUUACCCAAACAAAUACUCCGACGUCUCCAAACAGGAGGAGGAGCGCUGGAAGGAGGAGCGCGACAGGAAGUCCAAAGAGGAGCGUCCGCGAGGGAAAGACCUGGUGCUGAAGGAGGAGCCUAAAGACGCAGACAGUCGGACUGUGGCCCCUGAGGAGCUGAGAGCCUCUGGAAAGGAGAGAAACCCUCACAUGCAGUUCUCCUCUCCUCUGUCCCAGCACCAGUACAUGCCCUACAUGCACGGACCCUACUACAGCCAGGCCUACGACCCCAAUCACCCAGGCUACAGAGGCAUGCCCCAGGUCAUGAUGCAGAACUACCCUGGCUCGUACCUGCCUCCUGGUUACUCCUUCCCGUAUGGAGCAAAGGGGGAGGAGGGGGAGAAGGCUCCUCGCUCCAGCCCGAACGUGAAGCCUCCUCCUGAGGCCAAAGCCCUAGAGCUCCUGCAGCAGCACGCCAGUCAGUACAAGAGCAAGUCUCCAUCAGUCUCUGACAAGCCCUCCCCCCACGACAGAGACCGGGAGGAGAGGCAGCCCAGGUCCUCCCCCUCCCAGAGGAUCCUCCCCUCCCACCACAUGGGGUACCCCCUCAUAUCUGGACAGUACGAGCUGCCCUACGCCUCAGGCCUCUCGUCUUCAGCCAUCGUGAGACCGGCCCACCUGAUCAGCUGCUCCUCCUGUGACUGGAUCACACAGCGCUGGUUUCCUCCUGACUUGAAAGAAGUGAAGCUGGCGUUGGACUCUGCAGCCGCCUUCAGACCUCCACGCGACACAGAACUGAAGGACCUCACGGGCGCAGACCGCUUCAUACCCGGCUUCGCAUGCUUCCCCCGGGGCCGUACCUCCAGCAAGACCCGCUGUGGACCUACGGAACCGCCAGAAGCCCCCGGUGAACCCCGAGUGAAGACCUGUCUCCUGGAGGACACUCAGAGUGAAGACCUGUCUCCUGGAGGACACUCAGAGUGA